AUGCAAUUCUAUCAAUCAAACUACUCCUACCAACCACAACAAUCAGCAUCAGCAAUUGGAGGUUUGGGUGCUAUGGAUACUGGUGCUGCGUUUGGUGAUGUGAGUGGCUCAAUGGGUGGCGGCGAGCUAACUCCAGGGCUCUUUGCUGCUUUUGGUACACUGGGAUACCCUGGAGAACCACCUUUAUUGGAGGAACUUGGAAUCAAUUUCCAGCAUAUCAAAUCAAAGACACUUGUGGUACUAAACCCAUUGAAUAAGGAUAUUCCAAGUGAUAUAAUGAGUGAUUCUGACCUUGCAGGACCAAUACUAUUUGUGUUGUUAUUUGGCACUUUGCUUCUCCUAGCGGGAAAGAUCCAAUUUGGAUACAUUUAUGGUGUAGGAUUAUUUGGAAUAAUCAGUUUACAUUACUUGUUUAAGUUUAUGAGCAAUGAUACAACUAUAGACUUGGUAAGAUCAGCUUCAGUGAUUGGAUACUGCUUGUUACCAUUAGUGUUGAUAAGUGUCUUGGGUGUGGUGACUAGUUUGGACAACUUGUUGGGUUACAGUCUCAGUGCUUUUGCAGUAUUAUGGUGCACUUACUCAGCUAGUGGAUUCUUUGUCUCAGUCUUGAAGUUGCACAACGUAAGACCUUUAAUUGCUUAUCCAUUGUGCAUGUUCUACUCGGUUUUUGCAUUAAUGGCUAUAUUUGUCGAAAAGACAGAGAUAUGA